AUGCCUCCUCCCGGACUUUCUGGAACAAUCGGAUCGGGCCAAAAACGCAAAUCGUCCAAAUCGAGCCAUUCUCGUUCGUAUCCUCGAGGAGUGGGCUUGGACUUUCGGAAAUUGGGUGGUUUGACUUUGGUCAGUUACAUUGAUCAUCAUGGUGUCCAAGUCCGUCCCGAAGCUCCUCCUUCCGAACUCGCCGUGGCCGUUGCCCGACAUUUUGAAGCCUUGGAGAUUGAUGAAGAAGCCUGCAUUGGUGGCUUUCUCGAACGUUUGCAGCAAGGGACCACUGCGGCCACGGAAUAUUCUCGGGAUACUCAAUUUUACGAUGGUUGUCGUUUGUCCGUCAAGAGGCGACGGACUCGAUUUGCGGCACGACCGGGAGAACAAGUGGCUGCCAAGGUCACUCGCACUGACGAGAAUGGAAGCUGGAUUUUGGCCAGUGUCCAACGAUUCUACAUUGAUACCGAGACCUACGAUGUCCAAGAUGAGGAUGACACGAGCAAGUUGAUUCGAUUGCCUUGGAGCCACGUCAUGCGACUGAGUACGGGAACAGAAGGGUGCUUUGACAAGGGCAAGGACGUCAUGGCAAUCUUCCCCGAAACGACUAGUUUUUACAAGGCCAAGGUCGCCAAGAGUCCCGUUUGGGAAUUGGAACGCGGUAUUCCUUGUGUCAAGGAAGUCAUUGUCAAGUUUGAAGAUGAUGAAGAUCAAUAUGGACGUACGCCACAUCGACGAGUUCCCAGUCGUUAUGUUAUUCCAGCUCCUCCGGACUACUUUUACGAUGAGAAUGAAGAUGUGGACUUGGCUCCUCCCACUGCCACCAAGCCGUAA